AUGGCACAAACAGGAUUUCUGAUUUUCCUCCUUGUUACCAUCCUUUUGCUGGAUCAGACAUCUGGCCAGUCUUCCCCCUCCAAAGCCAGACAACACAGCAAACGGAGGGUUAAAGAGAAAGAGGGUGACCUAAAGAGUCAAAUUAACAAACUUUGGCAAGAAGUAAACUCUCUGAAAGAAAUGCAAGCACUACAGACAGUCUGUCUUCGUGGAACAAAGAUCCAUAAGAAAUGCUACUUGGCUUCCGAGGGUGCCAAACAUUUCCAUGAAGCAAAUGAAGAUUGCAUAGCCAAGGGAGGGACUCUUGCUAUCCCCAGAGAUGGUGAUGAAACCAAUGUUCUCCGAGAGUACAGCAAGAAGAGCUUGCCAAGUGUGGCAGAUUUUUGGCUGGGGGUCAGUGAUAUGGUAAAUGAAGGGAAAUUUGUGGAUGUCAAUGGAAUGGUCCUCAACUACUUCAAUUGGGACCGGUCACAACCCAAUGGAGGAAAGCGGGAAAAUUGUGUCGUGUUUUCUCAAUCAGCCCAAGGAAAGUGGGUGGAUGAAGUCUGUCGUACUGUCAAACGAUAUAUUUGUGAAUUCCUGAUCCCUUAA